AUGUGGAGAGCUCGGAAAAAGGGCUACUUUGGGAUCUGGCCAUUCCCCUUGCUAAUCGCCGCUGUCUGUGCGCAGAGUGUCAAUGAUCCUAGUAACAUGUCCCUGGUUAAAGAGACGGUGGAUAGACUCCUGAAAGGCUAUGACAUCCGCCUGAGACCCGAUUUUGGAGGUCCCCCCGUGGCCGUGGGAAUGAAUAUUGACAUUGCCAGCAUCGAUAUGGUUUCUGAAGUCAAUAUGGAUUAUACGUUGACAAUGUAUUUUCAACAAGCCUGGAGAGAUAAGAGGCUGUCGUAUAACGUCAUACCUUUAAACUUAACUCUGGACAACCGAGUCGCAGACCAGCUCUGGGUGCCCGACACCUACUUCCUGAAUGACAAGAAGUCGUUUGUGCACGGCGUGACCGUCAAGAACCGCAUGAUCCGCCUGCACCCCGACGGCACGGUCCUCUACGGCCUCAGAAUCACAACCACAGCUGCCUGCAUGAUGGACCUAAGGCGGUACCCGCUAGAUGAACAAAACUGCACCUUGGAAAUUGAAAGCUAUGGAUAUACCACUGACGACAUUGAGUUUUACUGGCGUGGGGAAGAUAAAGCAGUAACUGGAGUAACAAAGAUCGAACUUCCACAGUUCUCCAUUGUAGAUUACAAACUCAUCACCAAGAAGGUUGUUUUCUCCACAGGUUCCUAUCCCAGGUUGUCCCUCAGUUUUAAGCUGAAGAGAAACAUUGGGUACUUUAUUCUGCAAACGUAUAUGCCUUCCAUCCUGAUCACUAUCCUCUCCUGGGUCUCCUUCUGGAUUAAUUACGAUGCUUCAGCUGCAAGAGUGGCAUUAGGAAUUACAACUGUCCUUACAAUGACCACCAUCAACACUCACCUCCGGGAGACUCUCCCUAAAAUCCCCUAUGUGAAGGCCAUUGACAUGUACCUGAUGGGGUGCUUUGUCUUUGUAUUCAUGGCCCUUCUGGAAUAUGCUUUGGUCAACUAUAUCUUCUUUGGGAGGGGACCCCAACGCCAAAAGAAAGCAGCCGAGAGGGCAAGCGCCAACAGUGAUAAGAUGCGCCUGGAUGUCAACAAGAUGGACCCCCAUGAGAACAUCUUGCUGAGCACUCUUGAGAUAAAAAAUGAAAUGGCCACAUCAGAGGCUGUGAUGGGACUUGGAGACCCCAGGAGUACGAUGCUGGCUUACGAUGCGUCCAACCUCCAGUAUCGGAAAGCCGGGCUGCCCAGGCAUACCUUUGGCCGAAAUGCCCUGGAACGACACGUGGCACAGAAGAAAAGCCGCCUGCGGAGACGCGCCUCCCAACUGAAAAUCACCAUCCCCGACUUGACUGAUGUGAAUGCCAUAGACCGGUGGUCCCGCAUAUUCUUCCCAGUGGUUUUUUCCUUCUUCAACAUCGUCUAUUGGCUUUACUAUGUGAACUAA